AUGACGAAGAUAUCAUCAGACCAACUAAAAUCCAACCUAGAGAUACAACUGUCGGAGCUAGAAAUCUUAGAAUCUCUCCUGUAUAACCCCGGAGAACUUAAAGUCGAAGAUAUCUGUACUUUAUCCGACAUUAAAGACUACGUGAAUGACAAAACAACCAUUUCGCCACCAUAUCUCGACCUUACUGUGAAUAUCAUUCAAGAUAACGCAAAGUUUGAGCUUUGUAUCACCCUUCCUCAUGAAUACCCCAACGUAGAACCCGAAUUAUUUGUGAGAAAUCACAAAUUCGACCGGCACCAACAUGUUAAAAUUAACAAAGACUUGUGCAACUUCAUGGCUUGUCAAGAAAAAGGAGAACCUUGUAUAUUUUCUGCGAUCUCUUGGAUAAAGGACAACGCUGAAGAGUAUAUUCAAGUGGAACAGGAGCAGCCUCAAAAGAAAGAUGUGAGGGAUGAGAAAUUUGUGAGACACUGGAUUUAUUCACAUCACAUUUAUAGCAAGACGAAGAGGAGGGAGUUGGUGGAGUUGGCGAGUCAGCUAGAGUUAACUGGAUUUUGUAUGCCAGGAAAGCCAGGUAUCAUUUGUAUCGAAGGAGCUGCCGCAGACGUCCAAGAAUGCUGGCAGUCCAUUAAAUCUAUGAGCUGGAAAAAAAUCUUCUGUAAAGUUGUCGAAGACGAUAAAGAAGAAAAAGGGCGCAAAUUUUUAAAAUUCGACAAAUUCGAAGAAGUCGUUUUUCAGAACAACGGAAUCAAGUAUAAUCACAUGGAUAUGGGUGAGCUGCAUCAUUACUUAGAAGACCAUAGUGUCGGUUAUAUAUUUAAAGAUAUUUUCGGGGUGGAAGCGAGAUCGAGUACUAGCUCUUAA